AGUGACUGACACAGUGGACAGACUUUGGUCCUUCUUUGACGAGCCGGGGAUGAGCUCUCUGCUGAUUUUGACGCGUUUUGGCGUAAAUACAGUUUUCAUCGCUUUUUGAGCCAAACGGGACGCCAGUUUUACGAGCGACAAGUCUCCUCUCCACUGAAAGCAAAGCACACAGUGGCACUCGGGAUACAGGCUGUGUGUAAGUGACUUUUUAUUAUUUGAUUUCGCAUCCAUUUCCUUUUCAAGAACAGCCGAAGCGAUGCCUGAGACGACGCAAGAGACUUCGGCCAAGGACUCGCCUUUCUUUAUAAAGAACCUGCUCAACUGUGACAGCAAACAGUCCAAACCUAAACCGGUGUUGACUGCCACGAAAACAGCAUUGGAAGGUGGCUUCUCCCUGUCACAGGUUGGAGACUUCAGCUUCCCACGCUUCGAGUUGCCCGCUCAGAGGUUCAGUCUCCCGGCGCACUAUCUGGAGCGCACCUCGGCGUGGUGGUACCCCUACACCCUGGGCACCGCAGCGCACCUGCAUAGAACGGAAGCGAGUGACAAACCCGUGGCCAGAGACUCGUCCCCGACUUCAGGCACAGACCGGGACUCUCCAGACCUUCUCCUCAAAACUGAACCGGACUCCAAAGACGAGGACGAUGAGGACGAGCACAACAACAGUAAGAGCGGAGACGAGAUCAUCCUGGAGGAGAGCGACGCGGAGGAGGCCCGCAAGGACGACACGGAGGACUGGAAGAAACGCGACGACGACAAGAAGCCGUGCCGCAAAAAGAAGACACGCACCGUGUUCUCCCGCAGCCAGGUGUUCCAGCUCGAGUCCACGUUUGACAUGAAGCGGUACCUGAGCAGCUCGGAGCGGGCAGGGCUGGCUGCGUCCCUUCAUCUCACCGAGACGCAGGUCAAAAUCUGGUUUCAGAACCGGAGGAACAAGUGGAAGAGGCAGCUGGCGGCGGAGCUGGAGGCCGCGAAUCUAAGCCACGCUGCAGCGCAGAGGAUUGUCCGGGUGCCCAUUCUUUACCACGAGAACUCUGCUUCAGAAAGUACGAAUGCAUCGGCCAGCGUGCCCGCCAGUCAGCCUCUGCUGACGUUCCCACACCCAGGCGUCUACUAUUCACACCCCAUAGUGACAUCCGUGCCGCUGCUUAGACCCGUGUGAAGAAGAUUAC